GAUUCCCUCUCUGUCAGUCGUGCCUGAGCUGUUGUUUUCCCUCUCCUCUCUCCCUCUUUUUUUGACGUCAGUAAUAAUCGUUCAUUCUCUCAUCCGGGUCUUCAAACUCCUCUCUCGUGCUGUCGGUUAUUUACUUUGCCCAGCGAGCGCGCGCCGAACAGCUUAGCCGCUCGCCCCGCACUCUCACACGCGCGCGCACAAACGCACAUACGUGCAUGCCCUGUUAAAACUGGAGAGCAGCAGGAGGAGGAGGAAGAGGAGGAGGAGGAAGAGCAGGAGGUGGACGCUCCGCUCUGUCUAAGCUGUUUUUUUUUUUUUUUUUUAACCUUCUCGAGCUUUGGCCGCGCGCGUGCCGAGGGACCCCGCGACUCUGCUUGCCGCUCUGCCCCUCUUGUUCUCCCGCGCGCUCUUUUUUGAUGGCUCGAGCAUGGAGAUGGAGAUAGCCCUGGUGAGCUUAGAGAACGGCGGCGCGCACACGGGCUCCCCGCGCAGCCCUCCGCCGAGCCCGUGGCGCACGGAGCCGAGCGCGCGACUCUUCGACGAUGAAGCGCUGGACGAAGCUGCCGCCGCCGCGCUGGACGUGGCGAGCGCCGAGCGCGUGCUCAUCAACGUGGCGGGCCUGCGCUACGAGACGCGUCUGGGCACGCUCGCGCAGUUCCCGGACACGUUGCUGGGCGACCCGGAGAAGAGGAUCAAGUACUUUGACCCCCUGAGGAACGAGUACUUUUUUGACCGCAACCGGCCCAGCUUCGACGGCAUCCUGUAUUACUACCAGUCAGGGGGCAAGAUCCGGAGGCCGGUCAACGUGUCCAUUGAUGUCUUCGCUGAUGAGAUCCGCUUCUACGAGCUGGGCGAUGAGGCCAUGGAGCGUUUCCGUGAGGACGAGGGCUUCAUCAAGGAAGAAGAACGGCCACUGCCCGAGAACGAGUUCCAGCGGCAGGUCUGGCUCAUCUUCGAGUACCCGGAGAGUUCCAGUCCGGCUCGUGCCAUCGCCAUCGUAUCUGUGUUGGUCAUCACCAUCUCCAUUGUCACCUUCUGCUUGGAGACUCUGCCCGAGUUCAGGGACGAAAGGGAGCUGGCUGCGACCACGGCCGUCAGCGGCAGGACAUCAGAAACCAACGGAACCCGUUCUAGACCUUCGCUUACCUUCGCCGACCCCUUCUUCAUUGUGGAGACAACAUGCGUGAUCUGGUUCACCUUCGAGCUGCUGGUGCGCUUCCUGGCGUGCCCUAGCAAGUCAGCCUUCUCCAAGACGGUCAUGAACGUCAUUGACGUCAUGUCCAUCAUGCCCUACUUCAUCACGGUGGGCACGGAGCUGGUGGAGCAGCAGCACGGCCACCAGCACGAGGACGGCCAGCAGCAGCAGCAGCAACAGCAGGCCAUGUCUCUGGCCAUCCUCAGGGUCAUCCGGCUGGUUAGGGUGUUCAGGAUCUUCAAGCUUUCGAGACACUCCAAAGGCUUGCAGAUUUUGGGACAAACCUUGAAGGCCAGUAUGCGAGAACUGGGCUUGCUCAUCUUCUUCCUCUUUAUCGGAGUCAUCUUGUUCUCCAGUGCCGUCUAUUUCGCUGAGGCUGAUGAGCCUGAGUCCCAUUUCUCCAGCAUCCCAGAUGCCUUCUGGUGGGCUGUGGUGACCAUGACUACUGUGGGUUAUGGAGACAUGAGGCCGGUCACUGUUGGGGGCAAAAUCGUAGGUUCCUUGUGUGCCAUUGCUGGUGUGCUGACCAUUGCACUCCCCGUACCUGUGAUUGUGUCCAACUUCAACUACUUCUACCACAGGGAGACGGAUCAAGACCAGGCUUCACUCAGGGACGAUGGCCCUGGUGGCCGUGAGAGUCCGACGUCCUUACGGUUGGCCGGAGAGGCGGACAAUGAGGACGGGACGGAUAACUCGCCUGCAGAGAAGCCCAGUGUGAAAGUGAACAGCAGCAGCAGCAGCAGUGUGGACAUCAAGCGCUCCCUGUACGCGUUCUGCUUGGAUGCAAGGGAGACGGACCUGUAGGCAUUGCAAAUCUGACUGUGCACCACCAUGCAAGUGUGCUGCAAACAUCAGACUAUUUUUUUUUUAUUUUGUCAGUAGAUCUGUCCUGAAAAAAAACCCACGUUUGAGGCACUGAAGUCUUAUAUUACAAUCAAAUGAUCAACAGGUUGUUGCAAUCCUGCUGAGGCUCACGUAAUAUAGGAAAGGUUUCAUACAUAUGAAUAUAUGAUAUUCUAAUGGUGUGACCAGAGAAGCACUGGCUUAGGUGCCCAAUUUUAAGAUAUUUCUUUUUUAUUAUUAUUAACAGCCUAUGAUGUACUAUCCUAGGCUUAAAUCUAAAACAAAAUGUGCUGUGGAGCAAACUGGAUUUGAUAUGAAUGGCCUUAACUGAGCUGCCACUACCACUAACAACAGUGUGUGCUCCUGUAAAAUACCCUACAGCCCCAUUGUUAUCAUCAUCAACAACAAACAAGCCAAAAGGGAUCAUUUAUUUUCUUAAACGCACCAUCUUUGUCAGUCUUAUGUUCACUGCAUACAUUGUCCUUGUAUGAAACGCACCAGAAAAUGUGUACAUAUUUCUAUAAUCAUAUCAUACCGUUCAGUGGAGCAGGUUUCACACAGACGUUCUAAAAUGGCUUGGGUAAUGUAAGAUUUGUAGUUUGACCACCCUCAAGCACUAAAUUCAAAUAUAUGUGAUAAAUAUUUAUUCAUAAUAUAUUAAAAAAUGCAAAUGUGAAAAGCCUAAGAGGCACUUCGCACCAGGACUUCAAAAUAUAUUAAUUUCAGUGCUGCGUUCAUGAAGAGGGACGUCUUUCCUGACCUGGAACUCAAACUCAGGAGGUUUUGAAGCAUGAUGGGACAGAAGCAUCUGGACCGGAAAAAAAAGGAUUUCAGAAGUGAUGGUGUGUAGGGGAGGGCUUUUCCAGCACAGGAGUGCACGCUGCUGAGUGUACGACAUCUUCAAGAGGAGCACACAGAUCAAAGAUCCCAUGAGAAGUAAAGCAGUGAGAAAUGCUUGGCCGUCAUGACAGCAGACUUUUCAGACCCAUUUAUCAUUCAUUUAGACACCUGUGCCUUCGAUCAAGCCCUCUAGGACCUCCUGGUUUUAAGACAUUCACAAAGUGUACAGAACACAUACACUGCCCACAGUAUAGUGACGGAUACUGCUGAUGACUCCAGUUCUCCUGCUUUUCUGCUAAAACUGGACGAGGAGCAUCUAAGGUGUCGUUCCUCCUACUUCUAAGUCCUGUUUUCUGUGUUGAACUCUAGUCAAUGUACGAUGAUUGACAUCAUAUCAGAGGAGACCCCUCUCUGUGCAAUAUCAGUCAAUAUUAGUGUGAAGUUGUCAUGUGGAAGUAGAUUAUGGAUGACUGUGCUCAGUCACUUUAUUUUUGUAAUGCCGUUUUCCUAAUUUCUAUUUUUCUAAAGUGAAGUUUCCCUCCCAUCGAGUGACGAAGGAACCCCAAGCACAGUUUGGAGAUAAGACACUUUAGAAGAGAAAAAAGGCCUAAUUUCUUAAUCAGGGCAAAAGCCAUAGCAUAUCGCUUCUACCACAAAGAGUGAUUUAAGCUUGCCUGGUACACCUCAGUGAUGAACUGGACUGAGACUGGUGUCCCACCAAACUUCCACUUCAGUCAACAUAUGGAAGGAGAACAUGCAGGCUAAUGCUUUGGACAGCUAUAUCAGGUCUCUAUAAGAUACUAAAGUUAGCAAUUCUCUGUCUAUGCGUGGCCUAUAGAUUCUUCUCAGCUAAUGUUAUUUUUGAAUCAAUCUCCUGCAUAUCAUGGCAUUAUUGUGUGUGUAUAUGUGUGUAUGUGUUUGUAUGCGUGACAGCAUGGAGGUUUAUGAACAGACUGUUGGUUACAUUUUGACCUGACCUCUUCACCUGCGAUUGUGAAUACGUGAAACCUCUCCUUUAAGCUGCUAUCCUUGUACUGUUUGUGCUGAAGUCACCCAGCCUUAUUCCUGAAGGAAAAAAAAAACUCUCCCAGAAUUUUCCGCAGGACAUUCUUCAAUUACCCAGUAUCUUCAUAAAUGCAUUUAAGCUGAAGAUAUUAAUUACAAAAUAUAUAAUGUUCUGGAAGAUUAUAUGAAGGACAAUCGAGAUAAAUACAGGAAAUGUAGGAAACUGUUAUUGAAAGAAACACUGAAAUCCAGCCUAAUGCCUAGAGAUACAGUACUGUGCAAAAGUUAGAAUCCACCCUUCAUUUGUUUAAUUUUCAUUCAGAAUGGCCGUUGCGUACAAGUUGGUUAUUUUUCAGCUUCAGUAAAGCAGAAAAUGUAUAUUUCGCAAUAAAUCUGAAUAACUAAACACAAUAUCACGUGUCCACACUUUAAAGCUUCCUUUGUUUUCCGAUGACUUGCUCUCAGUUUUUCAGAGAAAUCUUCAGGGAUGUUUUUCCACAUUUCCAAAGUUCAGUCUUAGAAGUUGGUUGUAUUUUCUGCAUCUCAUGAUCCAAGUGAUGCCAAACACAUUUGGUGAUGUUCAGGUGUGGUCAGUCAAUUGUCUUGAGAUCACCAGCAGCUUGUUUGUUUUGCAAUUUUUUUUGUCUUUCCUAUUGCGUGUCCUUUUGUCAGUAAUGGCUACUUGACAGCUAUACAUCCUUUCAGACUCAUAGUGUUGAGUUGUCUUCUCAUGGUGGAAGGAUGGACAGAAUCACCUGUGGAUUUUUCAGUUCUGAAGCAAGAGUGGAACCUGAUUUUUUCCUGUCUCACAAAGAUAAAAGCUUUACUGUAUCCCUUCAAACAGGGCCCACCAGCAGUCCUAAAGUUUUACUACACAUUUCUACAACCUAAGAAUUGCUCCCCUAGUUUGCACUGAAGUCCCUGUAGUUACAGAAUAAUAAGCCUUAGUAUGUAAUAAGCCUGAUAUUUUAAGGGGUGAACUGAUGGUGACAGUUUUGGUGGUCUACAAAGUGUUGCACAGUUGCCCCAUUUUCUUAACACGUUUACUCCAGCUUUGGAAACUCCUGCCUUUCACUUCUUUUCCUUUGAUUUUAUGCAAGUGAAUUGCAUCUGGUCUCUCCUAAAAAAUGAAUAACUUGUGCUUAAUAGCUGUAAAUAAUUUAAGGGUGGUCUCUGACUUUUGUACAGUUCUGUAUAUGGUGGACCUAUUAGGUAGAUUGACCUUAUAAAGCGGCGAUUGAGAUGGCUAUUAAGAUGGCUAUUAAGUGCAUAAACUCCUGUCAUUUGUUAAAAUAAACUACACUUCUUCAUUGUGUUAUCUUCAUUAUACUCACCGAUCAAGUGUUCUUUAGUUAUUCUUCAUUCCUCUUCUGUGAACCUACACAGAUUAAAAGAGAGGAACAAUAAAUCUCACAGGGCUUUUUGAAUUAAAUAUGCCACAACCAUUGGACUCUGUAUAGAUGCACAUCCUAUAUAGUUUUUAAAGAAGACGACUACAGCUUAGUCACUGGGUUUCUUCAUUUCUUCAUUCCUAAACUGAUACUGAAUGAGGUGUGUGUGUGAGUUGUGUGUGGAGCUGCUCCUAUACAAGUACCUUUAUUAACCCCUUCCCCACUACACCCUAAAAAAAAGAGAAAAAAAAACAAUGCUGCCAAAUUGGUAUAAAGCCAAAUUGCUGAUGUUUCUUAUGUGACUUGUUUAGGUGUUUUACAUGUUUAAACCUCAUCCCUUUAAAUGUUAUGAUGUGUUUUUAAGAAUAAAUCUAUUUGUUAAAUUGUUAAUAUGUUGAGAAAUUAUGCGAGUGAAUAAAGGAAAAUAAAGGAUAGUGUGUCAUUAAAAUUGUCUGUUGGUGAUAUAAUUUAGUACCUAAUGAGACAAUAUGAAAUACGGAUUAUGUGGAGACAUUAACAAUAUGCCAAAUAUGUUUUAACCCUCUGGGGUCCACAAACU